GGCUAAAUGAGUACUUGGAUGUGUGAACUGUUGAUAGUAUUCAUCUUUACAGAUAGGAGUCUGCUUCCAUCUACUGGCUGGAGAAUUUCACAAUCAGGACCACACAGGUAGCUACAGAGAACCAAGUAUCUCAGAGGACAUCUGAAUCCAGAAGGAAGUCUGUGGAAUACAGAACACACUUAGAGGACCCUGAGGAAAAGGAGCAAGAUGAUCAAAGGAGGUGAUCAUUUCAAACCAAGCAGCAAGGACAGUUGGAAACACUCACAUGCUAUCAGUAGUUCCGUGAUGGACUCAAAUCAACAUUUGAAAAAGACAGUGGAAGAAACACCUUCCAAGGAAAGGGAAACUAGAUGCUGCAAUGGAUUCAAGAUGUUUUUAGUGGCCCUGUCAUUCAGCUUUAUGUGUAAGGCACUAGGUGGAAUCGUUAUGAAAAGUUCCGUCACUCAAAUAGAAAGGAGAUUUGACAUAUCAUCUUCAGUUGUUGGCUUAAUUGAUGGAAGCUUUGAAAUCGGAAAUUUGCUUGUGAUUGUAUUUGUGAGUUACUUUGGAUCCAAACUACACAGACCAAAGAUAAUUGGAAUUGGUUGCUUCAUUAUGGGAACUGGAAGUAUUUUGACUGCUUUACCACAUUUCUUUAUGGGAUAUUACAGGUAUUCCAAAGAAACUCUUAUUCAUCCAUCAGAAAAUUUAACAUCAAGCUUAUCAACUUGUUCAUUUGAUCAAAAUUUGUUACUCAAUAGAACAUCACCUGAGGUAGCAGAAAAAGGUUGUGAAAAGGAGUCUGGGUCAUAUAUAUGGAUAUAUGUACUCCUGGGUAAUAUGCUCCGUGGAAUUGGGGAAACCCCCAUAGCACCCUUGGGGAUUUCUUACAUUGAUGAUUUUGCUGAAGAAGGACAUUCUUCUUUUUAUUUAGGUACCUUGCAUGCACUAUCAAUGGUUGGUCCAAUCAUUGGCUUUAUACAGGGAUCUCUGUUUGCUAAAAUGUAUGUGGAUAUUGGAUAUGUAGAUCUCAGCAAUAUCAGAAUAACUCCUAAGGACUCUCGUUGGGUUGGUGCUUGGUGGCUUGGUUUCCUUGUGGCUGGAACAUUAUCUAUUAUGUCUUCUAUACCGUUCUUCUUCCUGCCCAAAAAUCUGGAUAAAUCACAGAAAGAAACAUCUUUGGACUUGCUCAAAACAAAUGAAGAAAGGACUCAAAUGGCUAAUGUGACCAAUCAUGGGCAGAAUGUUAGUGAAAAUAUUACUGGUUUUUUCCAGUCCUUGAAAAGCAUCCUUACCAACCCUCUGUAUGUUAUAGUACAGUUUUUGUCAUUACUGCUAGCCAGUAGCCAUAUUGGUGCUAUUACUUAUGUCUUCAAAUAUAUAGAGCAACAGUAUGGUCAGUCAGCAUCUGAGGCUAACAUUUUACUUGGAACCAUAACCUUACCAACUGUUGCAACUGGAAUAUUUAUAGGAGGAUAUAUUAUUAAAAAAUUCAAACUUACCUUGCUUGGAAUUGCCAAAUUUUCCUUUUGUACCAGUGUAUUGGCUUUCACAUUUCAACUAUUAAAUUUUGCAUUAAUUUGUGAAAACAGAUCAGUUGCUGGCCUAACUUUGACCUAUGAUGGAAAUAAUCCAGUGGCAUCUCAUAUAAAUGUACCACUUUCUUAUUGCAACUCAGACUGCAAUUGUGAUGAAAGUCACUGGGAACCAGUCUGUGGAGACAAUGGAAUAACUUACAUGUCACCUUGUCUAGCAGGAUGCAAAUCUUCAAGUGGCUAUAAAAAUUCUAUGGUGUUUUAUAACUGUAGUUGUGUGGAAGUAACUGGUGUUCAGAACAAAAAUAAUUCAGUGACUUUGGGUGAAUGCCCAAGAGACAGUCAAUGUACAAAAAAAUUUUAUAUCUAUUUAUUGGUGCAAGUCGUGAAUUAUUUUUUCUCUUCAUUGGGAAGCACCCCUACUAUCAUGCUGAUUUUUAAAACUGUUCAACCUGAACUGAAAUCCCUUGCGGUGGGUUUCCAUUCACUAAUUAUACGAGCAUUAGGAGGAAUUCCAGCUCCUAUAUAUUUUGGGGCUCUGAUUGAUAGAGCAUGUAUGAAGUGGUCAACCAGCAGCUGUGGGAAGCGAGGGUCUUGCAGGAUAUACGAUUCCACAUUAUAUGGAAAUACCUUCAUGGGCUUGAUGGAGAGCUUAAGAUUCUUAGCUCUUAUUUUAUUUGCUGUAUUAAUUUCCGCUAUGAAGAAAAUAUAUCAAGGAAAAGAUACCAAGGCAUCAGAAAAUGGAAGAAAAGAUACAAAUGAAGCAAACUUAGAAUCCUUAAAUAAUGAUGGAUAUUUUGUACCUUCUUCCAGAGCAGACAAUGAAACACAUAUGUAAGGGGAGAGAAAAAAAAUUAGGUUGUUGUAUUUCAAACAACAUUGUGUGAAUUUAGUAGCAUGGUAUUUUGAGCAGUUCUUGGUCUUUCACUAAUAGUUCUCCCACCCUUAUGAUGGUACAGUGAAUCACCUGUGAAUUUGUAACAAUAAACAGACUGUAAAUGAAAA